UGCAUUGUAUCUAUUUCCUUUAGUUUCAUAUGACUUGGAAUCUGCAAUUUAAUGCAACACAAUUUGACUUCAUCACGCAAAGCAAAGCCCACCUGAAAGUUACCCUAUAAAUUGGAUCCUCUCAGGUCUCAAUCCACAAACCUAUCUUUCCAUUUCAAGGUUCAGAGAGAGAGAGAUGGCAACAUUAUGUUCAUAUCAUGUUCUCACAGUUCUGAUGAUCACCACUCUACUAUGCAUCUUAUACAUCCAGCCAAUCUCAGCUUCACCACAAGCCUACACAAACUUCAUCAAAACUUCUUGCUCCAAAACCACAUACCCACCACUCUGCACCCAAACUCUCUCUCCCUUCGCCACUUCUGUCCAAACCAACCCCAUAAAACUCUGCAACAGAGCCCUCAACAUCUCCAUCCAAGCUGCACACAACACCUCCACCUUUGUCUCAAAUCUCUCAAAACAAAAAGGACUCUCAUGGAUUGAAAAGGCCGCCAUUAAAGACUGCAUGGAUGACCUGAAAGACUGUGUCUACCAGCUCAAGCAAACUAUGAGCGCAAUGGGUGAGCUUGGGGGUUCUGACAGGGAAUUUCAGUGGGCGAAUGCGAAGACAUGGGCCAGUGCUGCUAUAACGGAUACGGACUCGUGCCUGGAUGGGUUUGAAGGGAGAAAAGUGAGUCCCCAGAUGAAGAACAAGAUCAAAAGUACAAUGAUGGGUGUGGCUAGACUGACUAGUAAUGCCUUGGCUCUCAUCAACCAUCUCAAUUAUUAGACUCGGUCAAGUGAAAUACUGUCACUACUGAGUCUGAUAACUUCUUCACAUUUACAAGAAGUUCUUUUAUAGAGGGUUUGGAAGGGAGAGAUCAUGUUUUGUGGAAUAGUGUGUCAUGUGUCUAUCCUUUUGCUGCAUUCACCGGAAGUGAGGUUCUUGCAAUAGUGAUACCACAGUUAAAGGGCAGAUAAGGAUAAAAGACCGAAAAAUAAUUUUCUGUAAAAUAAAUUUUGUUUUGAUUUAUUUGUAAUUUC